AUCGCCCAACAAAAAAAAAAAAAAAGCAAUUCAAUUUGUCUUCUAAACACAUUUCUCUCUCUCUCUCUAAAACCUCUUUUUUUCCAAACAAAAGUCGCGUCAUCUAUACGAAUUCAUACGUCUCUUUGCUUUCCUCCGAUCGGUCUCUCCUUCUCUCAUCGCCGGAACGCUUUGGUAAUGUUUCUCCUUUCUCCGAUCCUUGUUGAGCUGAUUAUUCCGUGUUCUUAUGUGUAAAUAAAGCUGAAAAUCGAUUGCAAUUUUGUCGUUAUUUCUUACUUUUUUGUUACCGAUCGUUGUUUGCUUUUUUCUUGGGAUUGUGUGAUGAUGAUUGUUUGCGUUUGUCGGUUUAAUCCGGUUAUUUCCCGGUUUUGCUGCUAUAUUUUCCCGCAAUCUUCGUGUAUGAUCGCGAUCAUGUCCAUAAAUCGGAGUCGGUUAUAAGGAUACCGGACUUCAAAUUUGUUUUUCUUUCACGUAGUUGUUAGCUUUUAAGAUUCCGAUGCUGAGAAGAGACCAGAUCGGUGAUUAGGAGAUUUUGUAAGCUUUGUGUUGGUUAGCUUCAACGACGGGUUUAGGGGCAAUGGUGGUUUCUAAGUCUCUAUCAUACCUUUCUCCACCACGAACCUCCUCGGGUAGUUGAGAAACUGGAGAAAAACCUUAUCAAGUAUUUGGGAGAUUUGAGAACUAGCACGGCUAGAGUUUCAGUUCCUCAUGCUAGCCUUUAAAACAUAGGAUCGGUGGCUGGCCUAUCCUUGAUGUAUGCAGAUUGUGUUGUGGACCUUCUUGGUUGAUUGGGAAGCAAAGUGAACUUGAACUCAGUUAAUUCAUCAAGAAUUUAUUAGCGUGGUUAGUUCCACUCCUAAUCUUAUAUGAACAAUGACCAAAAUUAUGGUAGUAUAGGCUUUGUGAAGUUUACUCGGUCCAGUUUUUAGUGGCGUAAGAUUUAUUCUGAUCCAUGGGCAUAAGCAAAUAACCACAACUAGUCUGCCAUCACGUGUGUGUUAAUCAGUUAAAGAUGCUUUGAGGUCUGGUAUAAGGUAUCCAUGAGUGGAGAACUUCAAUCUUCCUUACAAGACUACAUCUAUCCUAUAAUGGUUUCUAGAAUGACAUGCUGUCACAUACAAGCCUUUGAUUUGGAUGCACAAUGAUGUGAAACAUAAUGCUAAUUUUAAUAAAGCACCAUUUCACACAAUUGUUUUACAAGCCCCUGGGCUCAUAAGUCCCGAAUUCAGGAGUCUAUUAAGGUGUGCUGGUGGGUUGAAGACAAUAAGAGCGCAUAAAUAGUAAUGAGGUAGUAAGGCUGGCUAGCACUUUUGGGGACUACACCCGUUUACCUAAGGAAGCUGUAGUGUAUUCAAUUUAUGGAUCCGAAGAGAAGCGAUUAAAUUUAGGUGUUCUCAUUGUAUUAGUGAAGUCAAGGCCCUAAGACCUUCCGGUUGGUCUACUUGAAAAGUCUGUGGAAAUGGUGAAUCAGUUUCUCAAUCAAGCACGACGGCUUUUUCAUUUGGAUAGUGUAGUGUAUUUGUGGUUGGGACUUCCAAACCUAUAUCCUUCUAGGAUUAUUUGCCUGCAGGUGCACUUUUGAGGGUUUUGGUUCAGAAAAUAUUCUAAGCUUAUGUCCUGCUAUUGGAUUCUCCAUGUAAUUUUCUUGCUCAUGUCAACCAUGGUUUUAAGUUUAGUGAAAGAUGUACAAGGCCUUUACUCGAGUCUCUUUUGUUUGAAUUUGGAAGUCAUUGUUGUUCGUGAAUAUAAACGAAGAAGUAGUGCAUUUGUUGAAGCUGAAAAGAUGAUAUCAAGUGUUACCUAUUUUGCAUGGACUUGUUCUGAUACUCUUCUAUGCGGAUACAAUAUACGAUUAUUUGCCAAUUGUGCCUUAUUCUUCCAUCAUUUUCCAUUUCCUAAUUGGUUCCCAUAGACUGCUUCUGUAACUUUUAUUGACUUUCUGAAAGUGUGUAAUCUAGAGAGAUGCUUUAAAUGAAAAGGCUUCUUAAUUUCCCAAUCUUGCUUGUUUUCUGUUUCUCUUUUCUUUUGGCUUAAGUAAAAAGAAGUUUGCCUGUUGAUAUUGACAAACUCUUAUCUGUAAGUUUUUCUUAUGAACUAAUAUAUCUGUACUAGUUAAAGUUUAUUUUUCCAUGUAUAAGCAUCAUGAACUUUCCUGCAGCACAAAGCCUAAGUCCACAAAAACUUAUUUGCUUAUGAUUUUCUUGAGAUCUGAGGUAUAAUACGGUAGGUACGGGUAACAAAGGUAAUGGUACUAGAGCUGGAAACUAUGGACUGAUUUCUUAUAUAUUUACUUAGGAAAUUUGGCUAUCAGACUGAAAGUAAACUGAGUUUGGUUGGUAAUUACAAAAAUAUAUAUUUCUGAGCUUGCCAAUAUUUUCCUGGGAUGUUGAAUGGUGAGAGAACUUUUUGUGCAGGUUUAAUGGGGCACCGAAAUUUUCUUGGUUCGUCCCAAUUUUUUGAUGAUGAACAUGAUCAAGGCUGGAAUCAUACACAUCCAGAACAUCCAUAUACGAGUCUAGCAAGAUCUGGGACCAGUGAGAACAGAUCGCAUGUAUAUCCAGCUGAAAACAUGUUGAAUGAAGGAAUGCCAGUGUCUUCUCAUUGGAACUCUUCUCCAGGAACAAAUGCCUAUACUGCCUCAGGUCAUAGUGUGGAGAGACCACACUACAAUCCAGGGGCUUCGGGGCCAUCCCAUGAUCCUUUCGUGAAUUCAACUGUUCCAACUUUCUCUGCUCCAAAUGAGGAUUAUUUGACAUUUGCAUCUUCGUCGAACUGCAACAGCCAGGCCUGGACCAAUGCUAGUUAUGUUGAUCAAUCUAUGGAAAAUGUGAGAGGAGCACAAAAGCGAAAACGCCCUUGUCCUUCUUCCAUCUAUGAAAUGGGUAGUUCAAGCCAAUAUCACAGGGACAGAACUCCUACAGACACCCAUUUCCCCUCGGAAUUUCACCUAGGAAAAUCAAUAACGCAUGAUCAUGAUCCUCAUUACAUGCCAUGGCUUAUGAACCCAACUUACAGUAGUAAUAAUCUCUCGAUCAGGGGAGAGAGUUCUUCAAGGAAUGUCCGUAGUCGUUCUACACUUGAUUUAGAAACCAGCUUAGGAAGAAAUAAUUUGCCAAGAAGCUUGAGCCUUGAUUCCCAUUCUACACACCGCCACAGUGUUGAUCAUUCUGGCUCAGGUCAAUUUGCUGGUCAGACCUCUCACGGAAAUAAAGACUGGAACUGUGCUAGAUUGUCCUCAGUUCCUAGAGAUACAAAUGGCUUUAGUUCAGAGACAAAUAAUUUUCUUCCUGCGAGAAGUGUUGUCAACAGCUUAUCUGUUGAUACUUCCGGCUAUCACCAUGGGCUCACCGGAAACAGAAACCAUACAGUUUCCCACGGUUUUCCUGGAACUUCAGCACAAUCUACAAGCAGCAGCCGCUUCUCUCAUCAUAGGUCAACACCCACCUAUAGAACUUCUUCACAGGGUUCGCGAUUGGGACAUGUAGCAUCUUCUUCUGGAGAUAGGUCUCAUUUGGUCACUGAGACUUAUCCUUCUAGGCAUCUAAGGCCACCACCACACAUUUCAUGGCGUAGCGGUGAUCGCCCAGGGAGACGCAGGAGUUCCUAUGAGAGGUUUCAGCCUCCUUUCGAUGAAGUUUCCCUCCAUGAACGGUUUUCAUCUGAGGGAUUCAUGGUCGUAGAUCGCCAACCACACUACUACGAAUCUAGAAACAUGCUUGAUCACCACAGAGACAUGAGGCUCGACAUCGAUAACAUGAGCUACGAGGAACUCCUUGCUCUUGGGGAAAGGAUUGGGAGUGUCAACACUGGUCUAUCCGACAGCGCAAUCUCCAGUUGCUUGUUAGCAACAACAUAUUAUCCAGCGUAUCAAAAAGAGGACCAAAGAAAAUGCGCUAUUUGCCUGGAGGAAUACAAGGAAAAAGAAGAGUUAGGGGAAGUUAAAGGGUGUGGUCAUGACUACCAUGGGAGGUGCAUCAAGAAAUGGUUGUCUAUGAAGAACUCUUGCCCUAUUUGCAAAUCCCCUGCUUUACCUGAUGCUUCUAAGAACUCAUCAUAAAAUAUAGAUAUCUUUUCUGUGUGUGCAUGUUAUAUUAUAUUCAUUUGUCUUUCUAAAGGAAAAAAAUAUGUGAUAGAAUAUAACAUAUAGUUUUCUUAGUAAUAGUUGUAAAUAGAAGGAAGUCCAGGAUCUUUCUUAAGGUUAAUUAUUGGAAAAUCUGGAUUU